GAGGUCCACGUAAAGUUUCGCGUGCAGUUUUGUGUCACAGAAACAAGUUACAAUUUCAAUCAGAAACCUGAGAUCUGAUUCUUUUUCAAAACUAUCCUUUUCACUUUGUGUGGUACUUUGGCAGAAAACAUUAUUGGAUAACCUAUAAACGUCUGCAUCGAUCUCAGCAAGCUACACAUUUGUAAAAUAUACAUACAUUUUUGGAAGUUUGAAACAUAAGAGGAAGUGAUCUCAUAGCCUUGGACGUUUGUAGCAUGAAGUUGUACUGCAAACACACAGUUCUGGGUUCCAUCCUCAAGAAGGAUCUAGGCUAGUGCGCACACGAAUGGGCAAGGAACUGGGCUUAUAACCUAAAGGCGGCAGGUUCGAUUCCCGGAUAGGACACUGCCGCUGUACCAUUGAGCAAGGAGGGAUGGACAGCUCGGUGACCCUAUGGCAGUUCCUGCUUCAGCUCCUCCUGGACCCCAGCAAUGAUCAGCUGAUCUGCUGGACCAAUGAGGACGGAGAGUUCAAGCUACUGCAGGCGGAGGAGGUAGCCAGGCUGUGGGGCGCUCGCAAGAACAAGCCGAGCAUGAACUACGACAAGCUUAGCCGGGCCCUGCGAUAUUACUAUGACAAGAACAUCAUAAAGAAGGUGAACGGGCAGAAGUUUGUGUACCGCUUCGUCUCCUACCCCGACAUCCUCAGCGGGGACUUCGUGGCGAAGGUGGAGGGGGCCCGGGAGGCCGGAGGAGGGGUGGCGCUGCCCUCCUGUGAGCAGGGGGGCACCCCAAACGACGGGGGGGAGCGCCGGGCGGGAGAGAAGGCCGCCCAGCCAGGGGCCUUCCAGGGCUCCAACAAACCCUCCAGCCGCAACGACUACAUCAACUCGGGCCUGUACACCACCUUCACCCUCACCUCCCUGCAGGCCGGCGCCCAGCUCUUCAAGUCCAUCCGCGUGGAGGACCCAGGGCGCAAGCAGGCGGAGAAGAAGUCCGCCGUCGACCCCGCCCAGUCCGUCAUCAAAUUCGGCACCAUCCCACCGAAGCUGUCCCAGCUGGUCCUCCUGGAGGCUGCGCCUCAGGCCCCGCCCCAGAACAGGACACACCCACUCCAGCAGCAGUGUCCGCCCAAGGCCACGCCCCAGCAUAGGACACACCCACCCCAGCAGCCGUGCCCAGCCAAGGCCCCGCCCUCGUACGGGACUCACACAGCAGAGCAGCUAUGCCCACCCAAGGCCCUGUCCCAGACUCCUCAGGAUCCGUACACAGAGGAGGAGGAGAAGAAAGAGGGGUCUCACACAGCAAAGACUGUGCCCAUCCUCUGCCUCUCUGGCCCCGCCCACUCUCUCCCCGACCAAUCUCCUUGCCAGAGCAUGGUUCCCGACUCCUCCCAGGAGCUGAUAAUCGACAGCGACAUGGAGUCCAUCUCCUCCCAGCCAUGUGAGCUGCAGCAAGUGCAGCAGGUGACCCACUCCUCUACUCUCCAGGACAUGGGGGGCUUGGAGCAGGAGGCCAAAAGCUCUCCGGACCAGAGCAGCCAGGAGAGCAUCCACAGCGGGAAGUCCAGGAAGCCGAAGGGCCUGGAGCUGACCCCCCCACUGCUGGUGACCAGCUCCGACUUCGGCACCAUGAACCUGGCCAGCCCCUCCCUCGCCUCCCUCAACUCCCUCACCCCUGCUUUCCUGUCGACCCCCACCUAUCUGCUCACACCGAGCCCCCUACUCUCCAACAUCCACUUCUGGAGCACGCUCAGUCCAGUGGCUCCUCUUAGCCCUGCCUGGAGACAGGCCACAUCCACUUUGUUCCAGUUUCCCUCGGUGCUGAACACACAGUUCCAGCUGCCCGUGUCCAGUGUGGACGGUUCCAACACCCCCGCACCCCUCUCGCCCGACUCCCAGAAGACGUAGGAGAGCACUUACUCCCCCUCCACCCUCCCACUACACCACUUCCCAGCUUUGGCCUGCAAACCAAACCAGCCCCUCCCCUUCUCAGGCUGAGCACUGGAGGAGACUGGAAGAUUCUCUCUGCACCCCCCCACCCCACCCCACCCCCCCCACAAGAGACCGAGGGGGCGCUGGAUUAUUUGGGGACAAAGAGACGAGCCAUGCCUUCGGCCCAGGCCAAUCAGACAAACACAUGUGUGCCUGUUUCCCAAGCCACUCCACACACAUUGGUGGCUGAUUAAGUCUUUUUCGCUGAAUUUCUGUUCUCUCUCUCAAAAUCAGCCAUUAUGGAAUAACCAGAACAGACUAGGUUCUAGGAGGUCACCAAGAUGCCUGGGAAAGCGCUUUCAGGUGGACCUAAUUUUUCUUUACUAUGGAAUCGUGACUUUCGGAUAGAAGAAUGGCUGUCUUCAGUUGAUGGGGGAGGGAGGAGGGAUGAUGUUCCCGGGCAUGAGCCGUUGUGCAUAUAGAAGCAUUUCCAUGGCAACAUCAGCUCCCCUCAAAGUAAGGAUUGUGGGAAAGUGAGUUUUCUGCAACAGUGCCCAACUGUUUAUACUGGACAUAUUCCUGUUUACACAACAGAUUUUGUACGUGUUUUACUUGUGGUAGAGUGGGUGAAAUUAUCUGACUGGUGAGAACAGACAUUAAGGCUUUGAAAGUGGAUCAGUUGGUGUCUAAUUCAGAAUUAAGAAAAUAUUGAACAUUUAGAAAUGCAGUUUUUCUUUACUCGUACAAGUAUAUAGUACAUGCACAGAACGAAUCCCUCACCUAAAGAGGAUCACUGUGCUGUGCUGUCCAAAUUACAUUUCAGAAUUCGCUGCUUGUGUUGUAUUUUAUCUCAUUAGUUCAUCUCCGAUCUGCGUUGUGUGGGUGGUUGGCACUGCAAUACUUUGGUGAGUGAUCCGACAUACACUAAUUCAAACUUUGACAAGAACUAAAGUUUUUGUACAUUUAGGGCUCUUUUCAUGUAGCUUCGGGUAUGAAACAUUAUUCGCUGUCUGAUGAUGAUGUCAUAAUUGGUGGAAAACAUGGUUGCUAAGACCCCAAAAUAAUGAGUAAUUCAUACAAAGUUAUUUUUGAUAACUGUAUAUAUGUUUUUUUUUUUUUUCCAUCUGUGAGAGAUUAGUUUUGAAAACAUACCCUAUUCUCUCUUUAUACCUGUAUGGUGUAUGACCAGCAUUUGUGCCUUAAACCUUUUUUUGUCCGUUGGUCAUGCGUCAGCAAAUGUAGCAGAACAAUGUGUCUUUCUUCUCAGUGGUCUUCAGUAUAAUUUACUCUGACCUGCAUGGUGCUUAAUGUAAAGUUAAUUAAUUAAUGAAUUAAUUAAUUAAAUAUGAGGAAUAUUUGACAUCUGGACAUUGGAAUGAGAAAGGGGAGUCGGUGGACAUAGUAUCAUAGGUAUUGUUUUAUCCUAAUUUUUGGUGAAGGUAAUCCUUUUGGAGUACGGUAUAUCCUGAAUAUUGCACGGCUGUGCAGCACAGAUCCAGCAAUUUUCGCAUUGGCACGAGGUUGUGUUUCCUGUGCUCACAGUCAGCGUUUGGUUUCGUUCAACAGUUGAAAUUUACUCUAUGUAAAUAAAAUAACGCACGCUGACAGGAAUUCCGGAUCAUGUGUAGGGAAGUUUCUGUCAGUAUCAGAAGCCGCCUGGUGGAACACGUUGACCGCCUUAUGAAAUAUUAUGUUUGCUGUUAAAUGAAGGUGCUGUGCAUGUGUGAUUUAGAUGUGUACCAUCGUAAUAUAGAUUACUACAGCUAGGGGGCAGUGUGCCAUGUGCAGUUAUAGCUUACAGUAUGUACUGCCUGUUGCAUUUGCAGAAGAACAACCGCAGCAUUUGUGACCAAAAAAAUCCUACUGACUGCUGUCCGUAGGUAUAUGGACAGUGACACGAUCGGGGCACUAUAUAUAAAAAGUGGUGAAAUUCCUAUAUGGUUCACCCAAUGUGGAUUUUGAGCACCCUCAAAUUAAAGCUGACAGUCUGCACUUUAACCUCAUGUUCAUUGUUUUAUUUCAAAUCCAAUUUGCUGGAGUACAGACCCCAAACAAUAACAAUUGUGUCUCUGUCCAAAUACUUACCGCUUGCACCUUAUACGUCUGCUCGGUAUACGGACGGAGUGUAGCACAGUGGGUAAGGAACUGGACUUGUAACCGAAAGGUCGCAAGGUUCGCUUCCCGGGUAAGGACACUGCCGUUGUACCCUUGAGCAAGGUACUUAACCGAAAAUGCUUCAGUAUAUAUCCAGCUGUAUAAACGGAUACAAUGUAAAAAUGCUAUGUAAAAAAAGUUGUGUAAGUCGCUCUGGAUAAGAGCGUCUGCUAAAUGCCUGUAAUGUAUAUAGUCAGUGUUCAUUUAUUCAUUUUGAUUUGCUGUCGCUUCAGUCUUCAUUUGCCAUUUGUCUCUGUGUUGUGUGUAAAUCCAAAAGUUCAGAACUCGUUUGUGCGAAAUGAUUCGGCCCUCCCCCUCGCCUUUGAUCCCGGUGUAACAUUGGAUUUGAUUGGCCGAGGUGUACUGGAAUGAAAAAUGUCUCUCCCUUCUCUCUCUCACUCUUGAGACGCUUCUGGAAUGACAUGAAUGUUGUUGUCUUCUGGAAAGAAUUUCAGAUUUUGUGUGUUUUGUUGCGUUUUUUUACCAGCAGUGUACAUUGUGUAUGCAGGCAGUGUACAUUGUGGAUGCAGGCAGUGCACACUGUGUAUGCAAGCAGUGUACACCAUGGCAUGUCGAACAUACAUUUUCUUGUACAUUAUAGUUGCAGUACUGUGUUGUAUAUUGUUUUCAUGAACAGAACAAAGUUCUGUGCUUUUGCCAAAUUGUUUAGUUAAUUAUGAUGUCUGUGCAUAAGGAGUCUUAUGCUGUGGAAUUUCAAACUGGACAAACUGGUUUUUUUAGGAUGUUUUCAUGGUUUUAUAUUUCCAGGUGCUUUUUUAAUUAAAUGUGCUUUUGAGCAGUUCCAUAGCUAUAAAUGCCAUAUUUCUAAGAUGAAUAUAGCUGACUCAUAAUUGUCUGAGGUAAUUUUAUGAUGAGGAGCUGGACUGACAUAAUUACACAGUCUGUAUUUUGAAAUUCUGUAACUUGUGAUAUGCAAUUGGCUUUGAAUUUAAGGUUCAGAUCAUUCAUGGAGAGGUUCAUAUUUUUGUACUGAUUCAAUAUUAAACUAUGAUGAUCAGAAACACAUUUACCUUUGGUUGAGGCAGAAAAUAAUUUGACUAUAAACUGACGAUCUCUUCGAUGUGUAUAUACAUGUGUACAUAUAUAUGUUACACUUUUACAAAGGUUUUAGCCUGUCUCGACUCUCAUUAAAACUAAGUUUCCCAUUGUUUACAAAUCUUGGUUUUGGGUUCUGUGCAGGGGAAGUGUUUACAUUUUUGAGGGAAAAAAAGGAUAUUAAAAAGAUUUUAUUUUA